AUGGACGUGGACAACCUCACAGCAAAUCAAUCACCUCCUGCACCGUCAAAAGAACAUCCAUUGCCUCCGCCCGAUACGCAACAUAUUUCUCCCACGUUAGAUAUAGCCGGACAGAGAACCGGUAGUCUGGCCGAUGAGCUCAGAUUGUUAUCCUUGGAGGCUGCAGCAGAGAGAUAUUUGGGCUCCUCGUCAGGUCUUUCCUUUGCCAAAUUGACCCAAACUGUGCUACAACGGCUCUCUCCCGACCAAGAAGGAUUCAUGUUUGACGGCGGCGUCACAGAUAAUCAACAGCAGAGUUGCGACUCCGAUCCCGAGCCUGAUCCGCUUUCCAAUUCAAAUUCCAUCUUCUUUGAAAUGAACGCCUCAUUGACAGGCCUCCUUCCUCUAAACUCGAUCUUUGGAAACCCCGUGGUUGAGGACUUUGAAGACUCGAUGGGCCUCGCGUUGUUGGAUCCUUCCCAUAUCAACUCCCUACUAGAGUUCUACUUCGCCCACUCGCAUACUCUGUACCCCUUUAUUCGAAAAAGCGAAUUCGAAGCCGUCCUAUGGAGGAUAUACGGUGACCCACUCGAUCCCCUGGCCCAGUCGCCUCUGUGGCAGUUCCGAAUUUGGAUGGUCCUCGCGAUCGGCUCCACGACUUACUGCUCUGUAUCUCUCAUGGACGAGACCGAACCUUUACAAUUUUUUAAUAAGGCUAUGACCUAUUUUGAGGCAGCAAUGGGAUGUGGGGACUUGGCUGGCUUGGAGGUCCUGAUGCUUCAAGUUUCAUAUUCAUUCUUCAACAAAAUUGGGCCCAACACCUGGUUCCUGGUAGGUGUAGCCGCUCGCAUGGCGACAGGCAUGGGACUCCAUACAUCAGACGUAUACCAGACUCUGGCGGUAGACGUCGCUGAGCAGCAGAAGAGGCUUUUCUUUUCUUUGUAUAUGAUGGACCGUGUGGUGUCGUUAGCUUUAGGAAGACCUUUUGCCAUUCAAGAUGACGAUAUCACAGUCGAGCCGUUUGCCAACGCCGACGACGCAAAUAUCCAACCAGACGGCAUUGUCGCCGCAUCAACACUGGAGGCGUCCACAAUGGCAGUCCCCCUUCACAUCCUAGCACUUCGGAGGAUUGCUAGUGAUAUUGGCAGUCAAGUACAUUCGCAGAAUUACAGUAAGCGACAAAGCCCAGAAGCUCGAGAGGAAACCAUCCAAAAACUCCAUCGAAGGCUCCUUGAAUGGCGCCGCAGCAUGCCAUUCCCACUACCCGACCUUCAGUCAAAGGUGCCUCAUCUAUGA